AUGCUGAAGUUGCUUAAACAAAUCGAUUCCGUCGAAAUCCCACCAAACGACUUCGAUACCGCUUGGGAUCAUAAGAUCGAUGUCGUGCGAAACCAGGCUACUCACCCGACACGAGCUGCAGUUGUUGUGCCAUCCAAGAAACAGGAAGCUGUUCGCGGUAACACUAAGACCGAUGCUGGCGCCCUUGAGAUCUCCCUCACAUCCAGCGAGGAAAAGAGCGCCGCCGAACAAGCGGAAGAGGCAGCACGCAAGGCCGCCGUGGAGAAGCAGAAUGCGCUCCCGGUGUGGCAUACACAUUCUACUGUGUCUACAGGCGCUGGAAGUCUCAACACGGUGAAGACAGAGACGGACGUCGACGUGAAGUCCGAGAUCAAGGAGGAAGAAGAUCGAAAGCCGGAUCUCGAUGCUCUCGACGACAAGGUCGCCGCCUACUAUGCCGAAAUGGAGAGGGAAAAGGCUCUUCAGGCUCAGGAAGAUUCCAGCAGUGCAGAGGAGGAUUCCGACGAUUUCGACGAAGAAUUCGAAGAUGUUGGUGGUGUUUCUGCGAGCGACACUGCGUCACCGGCCAUUGGCGGUGCUGGCGCUGGUCCUACCAGUGCACCUACGAAUACAACGUCCACGGGAAGAAAGCGCGAGUUCGAUACAGAUUCUGGAACCAGUGCUCCUCAAACAGCCUCAGCAACACCAUCUGCUACAGAUGAAGGCCCAGCAGCGAAGAGGGUCAAAGUCGAACCGGAGGUCAAGAAAGAGGAGUCUGAUGAAGAUGACGACGAGGAAUUUGAAGAUUCGUCUUCAACCCUUUUCGGCGCAGGCGCCCGGGAGAAGGCGAUCUGUUGGAGAGGGGAAUAUCAAUAG